UUGCGACCGCGUUGCCGACCUCGAGCAGCAAUCGGCUUCUCCACGUAGAACCCAGGGGUAGGAGAUUCAGAAUCGAAUCUCUUCUCCCUUCCCCCUCCUGUGAGAUUUUUUUGAUCUUCAGCUACAUUUUUCAGCUUUGUGAGGCACCGUAUCAUCAAAGACAAUGGCCAGCAAUGUUACCAACAAGACGGAUCCUCGCUCCAUGAACUCUCGUGUAUUCAUUGGGAAUCUCAAUACCCUUGUGGUCAAGAAAUCUGACGUGGAGGCAAUCUUCUCAAAAUACGGCAAAAUCGUGGGUUGCUCUGUUCAAAAGGGCUUUGCCUUCGUUCAGUAUGUUAAUGAGAGAAAUGCCCGGGCUGCUGUGGCAGGAGAGGAUGGCAGAAUGAUUGCUGGCCAGGUUUUAGAUAUUAAUCUGGCUGCAGAGCCAAAAGUGAACCGAGGAAAAGCAGGUGUGAAACGAUCUGCAGCGGAGAUGUACGGCUCAUCUUUUGACUUGGACUAUGACUUUCAACGGGAUUAUUACGACAGGAUGUACAGUUACCCAGCACGUGUUCCUCCUCCUCCUUCUAUUGCUCGGGCUGUAGUGCCCUCAAAACGCCAGCGUGUAUCAGGAAACACCUCACGAAGGGGCAAAAAUGGCUUCAAUUCUAAAAGUGGACAGCGGGGACCUUCUUCUAAGUCUGGAAAGUUGAAAGGAGAUGACCUUCAGACCAUUAAGAAGGAGUUAACCCAGAUAAAACAAAAAGUGGAUUCUUUACUGGAAAGCCUGGAAAAAAUUGAAAAGGAGCAGAGCAAACAAGGAGUAGAGAUGAAGAAUGAUAAGUCAGAAGAGGAGCAGAGCAGCAGCUCCCUGAAGAAAGAUGAGACUAAUGUGAAGAUGGAGUCUGAGGGGGGUGCAGAUGACUCUGCUGAGGAGGGGGACCUACUGGAUGAUGAUGAUAAUUAAGAUCGGGGGGAUGACCAGCUGGAGUUGAUCAAGGAUGAUGAAAAAGAGGCUGAGGAAGGAGAGGAUGACAGAGAUAGCGCCAAUGGCGAGGAUGACUCUUAAGCACAUAGCGGGGUUUAGAAAUCUUGUCCCAUUAUUUCUUUACCUAGGUGCUUGUCUAAGAUCAAAAUUUUCACCAGAUCCUCUCCCCUAGUAUCUUCAGCACAUGCUCACUGUUCUCCCCAUCCUUGUCCUUCCCAUGUUCAUUAAUUCAUAUUGCCCUGCACCUAGUCCCAUUUUCACUUCCUUUGACCCUCCUAGUAGUUACGUUAAGUCUUACCCUGUAAUUUUUGCGUUUAAUUUUGAUACCUCUUUAUGACUUAACAAUAAAAAGGAUGUAUGGUUUUUAUCAACUGUCUCCAAAAUAAUCUCUUGUUACACAGGGAGUACAGUUCUCUCCAUUCAUACGAUAGUUGCUUCCCUAACUACAAAGGCAGUCUCAUUAGUUGAGUAGAACCUGAGAGCAGCUUUGAGUUAGAGGUAUGUGUGUUAUACCCCACAUAAGAGUGCUGUGUGGGGCUGUUCAACACAAAUGUAACAAUGUAUUUUUGUGAAUGAGAGUUGGCAUGUUAAAUGCAUCCUCUAGA